AAAAAGAAAAGUCCAACAACAAACAGUUGAAAUUUAAAUUGUUUAAGAUCGUGAUAGCUUUUACAUUUUAUUAGUUUUGUAAAUAUAUUCGCCGUUUAGAUGUUCUUUCAGUAUUUGAUAUGUUGGCGUAAUUUCCAGUAAUAAAAUCGUUUCACAUAUUGUGUCAUGGAAGUGGACGGGAUCGAAAAUUGGAACAGUAAUACCAGCAAUGCGGCGGAUGCUGCUAAAUUUGCCAAUUUAAAAGCUUUUGUGAAUGCUGCUAGAGAAUUUGAGGCAACUCACAGUGAAAAUGCUAUAAAUUUAAUGACACGGUACUUAGGUCUAAUAGCGUCGUCGUGUGAUCUGUCGAUAUUUUCGCCCGGGCGUUCAGAAGUCUGUGCAUUUUUCAGUUCUUUAUGGAGAGUAAUGAGCGAUGGGCGAGGUCCGCACUGGGCUGGGGUGGCUGUGCUUGCGCGGGCCUCUAUAGAGCCGAGCGCGAGGCAUGCACUAACUCAUACAUACAAAUUUAUGCCAAUACUGGCUCGACUAUUAUGUAAUGUUAUAUCAAAUGACAAGAAAAUUAAGCUUUUAUCUGUAAUGCAGGACAUCUCCUAUGGUAUCAAAAUUAGUUGGCAGGAGUCAUAUUUAUCAGGACUAAUGAAACAAUUAACUGACUGGAUUUUACAACCGAUGACAGAACCUCAGCAUCGUACAAUUGGACAUAAAUCUCUGACAGUCCUUGUUAAUGUCUGUUAUUCAAAUCUACCCGCAAUAUAUGCUUUGAUGAGGACUGUGGAUACUAAAGAAUUUGUUGUGCAUUUAAUUAAUUUAAAGGAGGGUGGGUACGGGGGUGUGGAGGUGUGCCGGCUGCUGCUGAGUCUGUCGGGCGCGGCGCGGCCGCAUGACGUGCACGGCUACCUGGCUUGCACGCUGCGCACCUUGCAUCCUGCACUUGGUGACAGAGACGCGACACAGUUACUGCACGCGUACACUUUUAUUAAUGACCUCUGUUCGGACCCCAAUCUACGGAACCAUGUCUGUACCUAUCCCAAUUUUAAUGGACCAAUACAAGAAGCUAUAAAGGACGCGGAGGGCGUGUGCGCGGCGGCGGAGGGCGCGGCGGAGGAGGCGGAGGGCGCGCUCGCCUCUCUGCAGUACAUACUCAAGUUCUUUACUGUGCUCGUUGGACUGGGUAAGUUACUAACGCUAUUAAACUAUGUCUAUAACAUUCUCAUGCUCUGCCUGCAGGCCAGCCGGCUGUCUCUGCCGCACGCGCUGGAACUGUUCGCAGCCAUUAUAGCUCAAUAUAAAGACGAGGGCCGGCUGCCCGCAGGGCUGCUGGGCGUGGUGGCGGAGGGCCUGCCGGCGCUGCUGGUGCCGCCCGCGCUGGAGCCCGGCAAGUGCGGCCUGCAGUGGCUGGUGGUGGUGUGUGCACUGUGCGAGUCGAGCGAGACGCAGCAGUGUGUGCUAAAGGAGGUGACGCCCGACAGCUUCGAGGACACCCUGUAUAGUGUGCUGCAACACACCGCACAGGUACGGAGGCUGCUGUGCGCGGGGCUGUCCAGCGGCAACGCGCAGCGCCGCAAGCAAGUGCUGCAACUCGUCAAACAUCACUACUUCCCCGUGGAUCAGAUGAACCAGGUGUUCGGAGAGGGCGCGGCAAACAUAUCGUACAUGUCGGAGGGCGUGUCGUGUCUGUCAGAGGGCGUGUCUCUCGUGUCGGGGGGCGUGGCCCACGUGUCGGGGGGCGUGUCCCGCGAGGAGGGCGAGGCGUGGGCGAUGCGGCUCGCGCCUGCGCAGGAACACGCCAUUGAUGCACUCGUUGACAAACUUAAUGAUGCCCUACGAAAUGAUAAGUGCGCGGUGCAGGGGGCGACGGAGCAGAUGGCGUCGCUGCAGCACGCGCUGGCGCUGCUGCAGGCCACCAACUCCUCGCAGCAGGACGUGCUCUACACCACGCAGAUGCACAACGAGAAACAUAAAAAGAAUAUAGAAGAAUUACACAAGCAGUUAGAAGACGCUGAAAGCUCUUUACGCGGUUUCCGCGGCAAGUUGGCUGCAGAACGUCUCGAUAAAGAACACGCCAAGGAAAUUAUCAAGAAGGAAUGCAAAGCGGAGAUUGCUAACAUGGAAACCGAGAUGCGUCGUCGUGAGAAGGAGGCAGAAGAUCGCCUGCAGCAGGCCGACGCGGAGUACAAGACGCUGCAGAAGAAACUGGAACAGCAGGUCACACUACUAGCACUUAGUGCACACUUAGAUAAUACAACAAUAAAGCAGCUGGAGAAGACGGUGGUGGAGCGCGAGGCGCGGCUGUGCCAGGUGACGGCGCAGCUGGAGGAGAUGCGCCGCGUGCAGGACAUGGUGGCCAAGUUGAUGGCCAAGACUGCCCACCCCCAACACACAAACUGAGUGAUAGAGAACAGAGCAGAGUGCAGCAGAGGGAAGCAGAAGGAAGCAGAGGGAAGUCGCCGCGCGCUGUUAUUUUUUUCAUAUUGCUCGUAUGAAUUAAAUAAUUAUGUCAAUUAUUGAAUGUCAAAUUAUUGUAUACAAUGAUAUAAGAAUAAAUCACGUUUGUUAUGACGA